GCUGAUCUUCAGCAGCUUCUAAAGCCACUUCCUGAAUGGACUCCAUUUGAUUUCUUAACCUCCCUGGUGGUAUUCCCGAGUGUAGCUCGGGGUAAAGUUUCAGUACCAAAAGGGGUAACCCCGAGCUACACUCGGGCUUACCAUGCAGCGUUGCAUAGGGAGUCCCUGCAGCACUUACCUUGUCCUUCGCUCCCGCGAUGCGUCCCCUGCAGCGUCCCCGGCCGAUGCCGGCAUCCGGCUUCCGUGUUCCGGUCCCUGUGACGUCGGGACGUACGGGCACCGGAACCGGCGGCAAAUUUGAAAUUUUUUUAAAAAUGUAAUUUUUUCAAAAAUGAUUA